ACGGCGUUGAAGCUGAGGUGAUCUGAUUCGUCGACGUCGUCGUCACGGACACAACAAAAGAAAACUAACGAGAAAAGGUUCGAAAGAACCCAGCGGACUAAACGGAGCCGGGCGGGCCGAGGGUGUCAUGACAGCCGAUUGGACGUCCGUCGUUCGGGCCUGCCUUCGUUCCGGGCCGCCGUUGGUUCGCCUGUCCGGCGGAUCGUGUCGAGAGCCUUUGUUUCGGCCGCUUGUUUUGUGCUAAUCGGCUUGGUAGCUCGUUUCUAAUUGUACUUUUCCAGCUACUUAGCAUUAGCACUUAGCUUCAACAGCCUGGUAAGCCCCCCCCACCCCCUUGUCCCCCGCGGUAACCGUCCGCCCGUUGUCAAGCUUCGGCUUCGAUGUCCUUCGCCAUGGAGGACAACCUGGAGUCCGACUGGGUGUCCGUCCGGCCCAAAGCGUUCGACGAGAAAGAACGACACAAAUUCGCUUUCAUCGUGGCGUGGAACGACAUCGACGGAAAGUUCGCCAUAACCUGCCACAACCGGACGGUCCAGAAGCGGACCACCUUCCUCGACCCGCUCCUCGACUGGAGCCCGGUCGCGGACGACGGGCUGCCCGUCGCGGCGUCGACGAAAGACGCCGGUCGUCCGGCGAAAGUUCGCCCGAAGGGAAAAGUUGACGGUUGGGAUUUCGUGUCGCCCAGGGUCACCGACGUGGAAUUCGUGGAACCUGCGGGGGAGCUCAGCCCCCCCGCCGAGGGCCGCGAGGCUGACGGCCGCCAGGAUUUCAGCUGGGCCGGCCUCUUCUCGUUCCACGAGCUCCGCGCGGCUCACCUCCAGCUGUGCGCCGUCAACGCCGAGCUGGAGCCCUGCCUGCCGGCCUUCCCCGAGCAGCCGUCCGGCGUGUGGUCGGUGCUGUUCGGCGCCUCGGCCUCCUCGUCGUCGGAGCGGGAGAAGGAGGCGCUGUGCUACCAGCUGCAGGUGUACCUGAGCCACGCUCUGGAUACCUGCGGCUGGAAGAUCUUCUCGCAGGUGCUCUUCGCCGACAGCGACGACAUGGAGGAGUACUACGAGAGUCUGAGCGAGCUACGGAGGAAAGGCUACGAGGACGCCCUGGACCGAGCCAAGAGGCGUUUGCAGGAGGUGUUGGACAAGCACCGGGCCUUGGAUAGCAUGGUGGAGCUGCUGCGGGUCUACGGGGAGGAGGACCAGGCCUACGGCCAGAUGCUGGACGCCGCCACGCAGCUCUACCACUACCUGCUGCAGCCUUUCAGGGACAUGAGGGAGCUGGCCAUGCUCAGGCGCCAGCAGAUUAAGAUCUCGCUGGAGACGGAGCGGCUGGGGCCCCGCCGGGUGGACGGCCUGAGGAGGGAGGACGAGGAGUGGCAGAAGAAAGGGCACGCGGCCGUCCUCGCCGUCCAGGAUCUGACCGUCAAGUACUUUGAAACCACCAAUCGAGCGCAGAAAGCGCUGUACGAGCGCAUGCGCGCCGACCAGCGGCGGCUCGGCAAGUCGGCGUGGGGGGCGGCGGUGGAGCGCAUGGAGCGGCUGCAGUACUCCGUCUCCAAAGAAACGCUGCAGCUGAUGCGGGCCAAGGAAAUCUGCCUCGAACAGAGGAAGCACGGCCUCAAGGAGGAGAUGCGAAGUCUGCAAGGCGGCCAGGACGCCAUGCUGCACCUGGACCGCUUGGAGGCGCUCUACUACCAACUCCAGCUGCAGCUGUACGACAUCCAGGCCGAAGUGCUGCGCUGCGAAGAGCUGCUGCUCACCGCGCAGUUGCAGAGCCUGCGCAGACAGAUCACAGAGAGGCAGGACGAGGUGGUGUACUACGAUGCCUUUGAGAGCCCGGACGCCAUGGAGGGGGCGGAGGACCCGGCCGGACCCCCGCCCGCGCCGCCUCUCCGAGAUGACGAAGAACUGGCGAGGCUGCGGCAGAGGACUCGGCAGCUGGAGGCCCGCAGGGGACGCAUCACCGCCAAGAAAGUCUACCUCAAAAACAAGAAGGAAAUCUGCAUCUCCAAUCAUGAGCAGAAAGUCGAAGCGCGUCGGGGCGCCCUCGCCCACAGCGCGUCCCUGCAGGUGCGCCAAACGGAGGAAGGCGAAGCGGAGCGCAAUGCGCGGGUGAGUCUGGAGAGGCAGAAAACUCUGGAGCGACUUCGCAGCCUCAAGCAGCGUUAUCCAGGUCACGUGAUGCUCAAGUCCAGUCGCCUGAGGCUGCUUCAGACGCGGCGGCGGGCCAGUCAGGCGGUCGGCGGCCAGACCGAGCGCGUCGCCUCGGACCUGCCGGAACUCGCCGCGCCUCCCGCGGGGGGCGCCGCCGAGUCCUUCCCCGCCGUCCACCCGGACGACCCGGACUCGUCUCCCACCUUCCUCUCCUUGCCGACGACCGUCGUCACCCUGGACGGAGCCCCCGCACCGCCCCCGCCUCCUCCUCUGCCGCCGCCAUCCGAAGCGGGCGAGCCGCGUCCGGCGUUGGCGCGGGAGCCCGCCUCGCCCGCCUCGCCCGCCUCCCUCCCCCUGGCUCCCAUCUCGCCCCGCUUCUUUGACAGCAGCCAGCUGCUGACGGCCAGGAAGAAACUGAGGAAAACGUCGGCUGAGGACGCUGCGCAGUGGAGAAGAGCGAGCUCCCCGAUGGACGAGGUCCUGGCAUCGCUGAAGCGCGGCAGCUUCCACCUGCGUAAAGCCGAACUGCGCGUCCUGGCCCCCGACCCGGACGACGACGGCGAGAACAUCUUGGCGCAGAUCCGGCAGGGCGUGCGUCUCCGGCAGGUGCGCGCGCCGCCCGAGCGCCCGCAUCGCGCCGAACGCUUUGCGCAUUCGGCCGACGCCCUGACGCAAAGCAUCCACGAGGCCCUGCGCAGGAUCAAGGAGGCAUCGCCCGAGUCCGAGUCGGAGGACGAGGGCCUGCCCUGCACCGAUUGGGAGAACUAGAAGCGCCUGAUUUUUUUUUUUUUUUCGGGGGAGAUUCAAUGUGGGUUUUGUACAAGUGGACCACUAAACGCGUUUGUCAUCCCUGUACGUUGAUGUUUGUCGUCGUACUGUCCGUUCCUUGAAGGAGGUGCGCAUGGAAAUGCACAAACGAGUAUUCCAAGGGUUUUUUUUUUUCAUUAUUAUUUCAUCAUCUUCUAUUACGAAAUUCAAAAUUUUCUGUCAUGUUUUCCCUUUGGUGUCGUGUGGGCUAACGACCUGCGCGACCUCGGAGCCUCCGUCGUCAGCCAUGGAAAGCAACAAUACGAUAGUUCCGGAGCUCCGUUUUUUAUUGCCGGCGAGUUUUGGAGCUCAGUUUGGAAGCCCUUGAAAACAACCACACAAGUUCUGGCUCGCCGUUUCAAGAUGAUGAUACAUUCUGGAGCUUAGCGUUUUUAUCGAGCUAAAGCAACAAUAUGCAAGUUCCAAGGCUCAUUUUGUCAGUCAACUCAACUAAGAAUUUGCCACUUCGGGGGUUGAUUUGAUCAGCUAUUUUGGAAGUGAUCGCGUGGCCAGGUGUUGAAUUUUAUCGGCCGUUUAAAGCAACCAGACUUGCGUUCUGGAGCUCAAAAUAGUUUCUACCCAACACACUGCCUUGGCCCUCUAUGCCGAUUACAAUGUUUUGUUUUCCGUUUAUUCCUGUACCCUGUUAUUUUUCUAAGAUAUAUGAAGUGUGCCGUGUGUGCGCGUGACAUUUGAUUGUUUUUAACAUUGAUCCCGUGUAUGGAAUGUGUCAAACGUACUGUUCCAAGCGUGGAGCAACACUAACUCCCGCCGGAAAAGUCGAGGUGGGAGUUAGCUUAGCAUUAGCCUCACAGCGCUAACAGAAAUGGAAAAUGAGAGUAGAAGUUUUGGAUUCUUCUUUUUCCCCUGAAAGCUGCUAGUGUGUUGCUCCCCCCCCCCCCCCCCCACCCCCAUUUAAAGGAAUAAGUCUGCUUUUGUGAUGGCUUUUAUUUUGAAGUUUGACACAAUUUGUACUCGGACCUCGCAACAGACGUGCAAUAAGACGCCGCGUGUACACGUCCCAAAAAUAUAUAUGUCUGCAUGCCGAUGUGUAUUCAAGUAUUUAUUGAUGCUUCAAACUCAGAAAAAAAAAAGAUUUGUAUAUCUGUUUUUUAUGCUCUCCUGACAUUCCUCCUUCCUUUUUGCUUUACUUUAAAAAUAAAUACCAAAAAAAAAAAGGUUGAGUC